AUGUGCGGUAUAUUUGCUAUACUAUCGAAGGAUAGUCGGGGUAUCCUGCCGAGGACAUAUUGCGGAUGUUCGCAGACAUUGCGUGAACUGGCCUAUCACCAGAGUGGCAAACAACGACAUCGGGGUCCAGACGAGACGGGCAUUAAAAUAAUUGCCGAACAUGGCGUUGCCUUGGUUCAUGAACGACUUGCCGUCAUUGGCGUAAAAACGGGUCAUCAGCCACUGCUUUCGGAAGAUGGUAAUGUGGCACUUAUAGCUAACGCGGAAAUAUACAAUUACUUGGAAUUAAGUGACCACAUAGCCAAAAACCGUCCCGGCUACAAACCUAAAAGCGAUUGUAAUGUCAUUGUUGAGUUGUAUGAGGAAUACGGAGAACGUUUGCUUGAUCACAUCACGGGUAUGUUUGCCUUCGUUCUGUACGACAAAAACAAGAGACGUGUCCUGGUUGCUCGCGACCCCUUUGGCAUAAUGCCACUUUAUAUUGGACAGGACUUGGAGGGAAAUUUGUGGAUAUCAUCCGAAAUGAAAUGUAUGAUUGAAUAUUGCAAAAGUGUUAAGAAUUUUCCACCUGGCCAUUUUAUCUUUGGAGAUCCGACAAGCGUAAACCCUCAGCCCUUCUAUAUGAGGCCGUGGCAAACUGAAAUACCAAACCGAGCAGCGGAUGUGGAUGAAUUACGAAGACGCUUAGAGGAUGCAGUUCGCAGCCACUUGCAAUGUGAUGUAACAUUUGGUGCACUUCUUUCGGGCGGAUUAGACUCUAGCCUGAUUGCUUCAAUAGCGACGAAAAUUAUGCGGGAACUAGAUCCUGACUAUCGCCUGCGCACUUUCUCCGUCGGUAUGGUAGGUUCCCCGGAUUUCAAACACGCCCGUAUGGUGGCCGAUUACAUUGGGAGUGAUCACACCGAAGUAGUUUUCACUGUUGAAGAAUGCCUUGACGGGGUGCGCGAUCUUAUCUACCACUUGGAGUCUUAUGACAUCGCCACUGUCCGCUGCAGCCUACCCAUGUUCUAUUUGGCACGUUAUGUCAAAAGUACGGGCAUGAAAAUGAUACUCUCCGGCGAAGGGGCAGAUGAAAUCUUUGGGGGAUAUUUAUAUUUUUUCAAGGCGCCAACAUACCACGAAUUCCACAAAGAGAUGGUAACACGGCUUGACCAGCUGCAUGUGUCGGAUAUUCUACGGGCCAAUAAAGUGACCAUGUCAAAAGGUUUGGAACUGAGAGUUCCUUUCCUCGAUACCAGCUUUGUCGAUUAUGUUAUGUCCACUAGACCCGAAGACAAAAUACCAGGGCCAUUAAAUUGUUAUUCCGACAUUCAAAGCCAUCGCAUGGAAAAGUACAUUUUACGCAAAGCCUUUGAGAGUGACUACUUGCCACCUGCGGUGCUGUGGAGGCAAAAAGAACAAUUUUCCGAUGGCGUGGGCUAUGACUUGAUUGAAGCAUUGCCCAAGUUUGCUGCUAAGCGUGUUACAGACUCAGAGUUUAGUAACGCCUCUCAGCGGUUUCCCAUUAAUCCACCAAAGACGAAAGAGGCCUACUACUAUCGAUGUAUAUUUGACGAAAUGUUUCCAGGCGACUCGCCGGCGUUAUCUGUUGAAAAAUGGGCGCCACGUCUGGAUUGGGGUUGUCCCGAGGAUCCAUCUGGAAGAGCCCAAGAAGCCCACGAGAAGAGGCUAAAGGAAUAUUGUUAA